CUGUUCCAACAUCAUUUCUGAAGAUAUAUUUGAAGAAAACAUUUCUGAAGAUUCUUUUAGAAAAGAUGAUGGGCAUAUCUUGUCAGAAGGAAUGAUAAUCAUUAUGACUACGAAUCAUAUUGAACAUCUUGACCCUGCAUGUAUUUGCCCUGGUCGUAUGGAUAUCUAUUUAGAGCUUGGAUAUUGUACAUAUUUCCAAAUUAAAAAAAUGUACAAAAAAGUUACUAAAAGUUCUGAUGUGAAAUUUCCAACUGAAAUAUUACAACAAAUUCCAGAACGACUAUUACCCCCGUGCGCUGUUAUGAUAACUAUGAUGUAUUACAGAAAUGAGAUUAAUCUUAUACCAGAGAAAAUUCUCAAACUAGUUAAUAAAUAUCAACAGUUAAAAUCUGUUGAUUUUAUCAACAAAAUUGAGUCAAAGUUUACAAAAUGGGAAA